AUGGAUCAAUUUCCCUUGAUGGUAUGCCCCGAUCGAAGCGCAGGCUUGGAGAAGGGAGAUAAAGUUGAGCACAAGCUGCAACAACACAAGCCAAAGUUGCAGCAGAAGGGCACACUCUCGAAUCGAGCAUUUUACGGAAAAAACUCAAAGCUCGAUCGGCCGAGUCGUUCUGCACGAGCCCGGAAAUCAGAGCUUCCGCAAACCACUAUCUGGCCAUGGAUAACUCGUCCCACAUCGAAACUUCCCAACUUGGCAACAGCAGAGGCCAGGGACCCGAAAGUCUGCAAAUCGGGGCUUACAUUUUCAGCCCGCAUUCGAGAAAAGAGUUUCAAAACCUCAUCAAGAUUUGCUUCCACAGAAUACGCAUUAAUCAAGCUAUUCCACGACACGAUAUCCUUCUCCCCCAACGACUUGAACAAUUCCCGAGCAUUUUCGACAUGCCCGCAUUUGGCAUAUACAGACAACAAACAGUUCAUCAGGACUAUUACGGACCCAAUCUCGACGUGCAUUUUAUCGGAAGCUCCGGUGAGCAUAUUCAGAAUUGUGACUGAGCUGGGUACAAUACCUUCGCGCUGCAUACGGUUGUACAUCGAAAACGCGCUCGCCAUGUCACGGGCGUGCGAGUAG